AUGGGUAAAAUACGUAAAAAAAGAGGCAAUGUUGAAUUGCCGAAAAAAUCUAUGCGUGUUUUAAACAUAAUAAUGGCUAUAGCAUUUGUAAGUGCAAUUCCUCAAAUUUUUACGACAUUUAUGGUAUCGUGGAGAGUAGCAGAUCCUAUUGAAUAUACUUUUAUGCUUAGGAGUAGUAAGCAUAAUAUUUAUAUUGAUUAUACAUGGUAUGGAUUAUACAAAGUAAUAUAUGACAAUAAACACGUUGAGACUUGGUCUCAAAGAUUACUAAAUAUGAAAACUAGGGGUAAUUUAGCUAUUCAAGAAGGAACUAAUAGCGAAUCUGCUGGAAGCUUAUCUCUUUGGACUUCUAUGUGCCCAGCUAGUUGUAAAGAGGCCAUUAAAAAGAGAAUAGAAUCUUAUGAAAGGGUAUCUUUUAUAUCAUUAGUACUUUUAUGUACAAUUGUCUUAUCAUGUAGUAUUGUUUUGCUAUCUAUUGGGUGGAGUAUAUUGUUCUACAAAAGUAUAUUAGUAUUAAUGGGAUCUUUUUUUAUACCUUUUAUUAUCAAUGCGGGUGUUGGUGGAUACUGGUAUUAUGAAACAGAUCUAUCUUGGAAUAUUGUUUCUGGUGUACAAUUAUAUCCAUUCCCAAGAUGCUCAUACUGUUUUUACAUUUUUAUGAUUACGACUAUUAUGUAUGCUCUUUGCUUCCUUGGAUUAUUAAUAUUAGAUUUAGUAAAUAAAAAUAAAGAAAAAAAAUCUCAUAUAGAUCAAAUAAAUAUGCAUAAUAGGGAUCCAAUUGCCGCUAAAGGAAUGUAUCAGCCAUUGUUUGGUAACCAAGGUAGUAUGCUAAUGCAAAGAAGUGCUAGUUUUAAUAAUAUUAUGCCUUUUGAUAAAAGUAUGAAUAAUGAAUUUUCUAAUUAUAUGCUAUAUAAUAAAAUGAAUAUGAAUCCGAUGGGAUCAUUUUCCAAUUUUAGAAAUAUGCCACCAAAUAUGUCACCAAGUAUGCUACCAAGUAUGCUACCAAAUAUGCCACCAAAUAUGCCACCAAAUAUGCCAUCAAAUAUGCCAAAUAUGAAUCCUAAUUUUUUCCCCCAAUUAUCAAGACAAUACUCAUACUCCGGUUCACCUUCUUUUCAACAAAAUUUCCAAAAUUUUGAUAAUUUUUCUAUGAGAAAUGUUCCAUCUAUGUCAGAUUUAAACUUCGCAAGACAGUAUUCAGGGAUGAAUUAUAAUAAUAUGAAUAAUCCUUUUAAUUCACAAAAACCAUUUAAAUUUUAA